GCACGCGAGGCCCUGGGUGAGGAGCUCAGGACUCGGAGUUCCCCGGACGCGCGGGAAGUCGCCCUGGAGACCCGGGGAAGAGCGCAGGCGGCGGGCCGCAGCGCAGAUUGAGUCAGGCACGCGCGAGGGCAGCCCCCGAGGGCCAUCCCAGAGGCCCCCGCGCCGCCGGGGUCCUAACAGGCUGCCCCGGCUUCCGCCGCACGUGGCUGCAGAGCGAUGCCCAAAUCCAAGCGCGACAAGAAAGUUUCCUUAACCAAAACUGCCAAGAAAGGUUUGGAACUGAAGCAGAACCUGAUAGAAGAGCUUCGGAAAUGUGUGGACACGUACAAGUACCUUUUCAUCUUCUCUGUGGCCAACAUGAGGAACAGCAAACUGAAGGACAUCCGGAACGCCUGGAAGCACAGCCGGAUGUUCUUUGGCAAAAACAAAGUGAUGAUGGUGGCCUUGGGUCGAAGCCCGUCUGACGAGUACAAAGACAACCUGCACCAGGUCAGCAAGAAGUUGAGGGGGGAAGUUGGUCUCCUUUUCGAAGCCCCCAGGCAGCAUGGAGACAAGCCCGUGGUGCUGACUCAGGGCCUGGGCUACAGCCGGGUCAAGUGCCUGCUUUAUUCAGACAGGAACUGCCGAGCAGGGCUCCGCCCCAGCCUUACACAGUGA